UGUAGAGAGAGUCGGAGAGUCCGAUGCCACAGCUCGAGCGCUGCAUGAGAGUUUAAUAAUGUUCCAGUGCAGGACAUGUGGAUCAAUAACCCACCGUUUAAAAGAAGGACCAUCACCGUUGUCGAGCAGCUUCAGUGGCCUCUGCCUGUCUCUUUCGUUCUUGAGGUAAAGCAGGUACAGCAGGCUGAUCUCGCGCUGUGAUUACAGAAUGCGACAAUUAUGCGGCCUCCUCAUCACACUUUUAUUUGCUGAGACGGCUGCUGAAAAAAAGUACUGUUGGUACUUUGAAGGAGAUUAUCCUGUGUACUUCGUAUGCAAGACAUAUGAGGACUGCUGUGGCACGCAAUGCUGUGUUCGAGCCCUUUCUGUUCAGAGGAUAUGGUAUUUCUGGCUGCUGCUGAUAAUUGGCAUUUUGUGCUGCUGCAGUACUGGGUACUUCAUUCGCAGACGUGUCCACCCUUACCCUCCACCCGAGGGACCUGAUUUUAACGUGUCCUUUACCAGACACCCCAUCAUAGCACCAGGAUUGCGUCAGGCUGGCUUUCACAAUUAUGGAGACUCAGAGACUGCAGUCAUCUCCACCGUCUACCCAGUGCAGACACACCCCGGUCACGUGACUGCAGUGUAUUCAGCCCUGCCGUCCUACUACAGCCAGCCCCCUCCUUCCUAUGAUCAGGUCAUGCAGGACUCGCAGAAGAAAUAAACUGACUUUUCUUAUUCAAUCCGUGAGGUGAAAGAAAGGAAGAAACAGAAGAAGCUCAAUAACUCAGGCAUGACUGGAAGAAAACAAACUUACAAACUGGAGCAGAAGUACGAGUACAAAAACUAGAAGUUAAAGACGUUGAAACGCCUCCAUCUUUCUCUCAGCAUACAAGACUGUUGGCGGCUUAUGGUUCCUCAUCUGUGGUCGCAGAAAGUGCACUUAGGUUUUCAAUGUCAGGACUGAAGUAUAUGUUUAUAAGCAUAACAGGUUAUACAUAAGCUUUCACAUUAGGGGCAGGGAUUAUAGCAGAUCAGUUUAAGAAUAGUAACAACAAACAGCCUCAACAAACUGCUUGUUUUA